AUGCGUGAAGAGUGCGCCUGUGGAGGGAUGAUGGAGGCGGCAAGUGGUCACCACCAGGAUAAUGGAAUGAGAGAAGAUUCGGUCCCUUGGUACAAUCAUAAAAUGUACUACAGAUUUUGGCAGCAUUAUCAGCUAGCUAUGGGCUGGCUGCAGAAACAUAGACAUGCUUAUCGCAAGGCAGUUGAAUCACUUGAGUAUUCUCCUUGGUAUUACACAGAACCAGGAGCAACCCACUUUGCUGACUUGCAUAAUGGAUAUUCGUACUACUCUUCAAGACUUACUCAACAAAAUGUACACAGCCAAAGAAGUCAAGAGCACUGCAGCUCAGAGAUUGAAAUGGGAGAUUUGAGCCAUGAAGCCUAUUUAAAUGCUGACACAGAAGGGGAAACAGAUUCAGAUAGCGAAAUAGAAUGUGAUAUCAGCAAUGUGGAAAUAACGGAAGAAUUGCGCCAGUACUUCAAACAGACAGAAAAACAUCAAGAAGAAUUAAAGCGACAGCAACAGUAUGAUGACGAACGACAGGCAAUGUAUGUAUUGGCUGACCGUGAUUUUCACAGUACAUUGGGGAGAACAAUUCAACCACCUGCAGAAAGACCUGGAGAAAGGAGACUGGUUGAAAUGAGGAGACUGUAUGGAGAUGAUGCUACUAAAAUCCAAGGAAUGGAAACUGCAAUGCAACUUCUGUUUGAUAGAAAGUGUGAUAAGAAACAGCCAAAGUACUGGCCUGUAAUUCCACUGAAACUUUGAUUUUGACUAUCUGUCCUAUAAAACUGAUUUUGCUAAUUAGUAUUCAUUUUUUUAAUUGUAGCCAUUUUUACUUUGUAACAGUGUUUAUUAUGGCUUA